GUCGUUUAAUGGUACGAGAAUAUGUCUCGCGUGGCAAUUACUUUUACGUAUUACAUUUAUUACAACAUCCGGUUUAUUAACACGUGAGGUUUCGAGGUUCUCCGACCAGUGUGUCUGCUACCAUAAGUCCUUUGUGACGGCAACACAAUGUCGUCCGAAGACACAAAGAUGAGAAAAUUUGAAAUUGAUAUUCUACGUGACCAGAGGAAACCAGACGAAGCCGAAGAUCAACAAUGCAGAGAACUUUUCAAACUCAUUUUUGAUGGGAAAUAUGAAAAUGUAUUAUGUCAUUCCAUUGCUGAAAGAAUUUUGAAGAGAAACCAAGAGAACAAGAACUGUAUUGAGACCAUCUUAAAAGACAAUGUUGAAAAAUUCUUCAUUGAUUCCACAGAAGAAGACAGAUUUACAUGUGAGUUGGAGUUACUCUGUGUGGCCAUAUCCUGUUUGCAGUUAUUUGUACAGAGUAACUGGACUGGGCCACUUCUCAAGUCAAUGCCGUCAGACCAUCUUCCCAACAUUUUCUCAUCUCCAGAACAGUUCAAAAAGCUACACAACUAUGUAUUAGAGGAAAUGUCUACAGACGGGGAACCUGUCUAUGACAAAUGCCUCUGUAUUGAACUGUUGUUUGUAGCUCGUUUUCUGUUGCUGGACUGCAGGGAGUUUCUCAAAAAUCUUCAGACGGCAGACUGGUGGCUGUUGAGGUGUAUCUCUGUUCUACAGCAGGUGUUAGAUGAUAGAUCACCUACACUAAAGGAGACGACUCUAGAACUCAUUGACAAAGUUUCCAAGCUGGAACCAUUACUUACAGAUGAUAAAAACAGAGAUCUAACGAUACAGUUUCGGCUUGAGGCCGGAUAUUGUACCAUGUUUUACUAUGAGUACAGUAUGGCCCACGAACAUUUCAUGUCUGCAAAAAAAACUGCUGGUCUAUCAGUUGAAUUAUCAGGUGCCAUGGGCAAGAGGACAAGAUUCCAGGAGGACGCUAAGGCUCAGUUGGUGCUGAAAGUCCAGAAGGAUACAUCACAGGCUUCUCCAUGUGGAGGAGAUUUGAUACGCUCUCAGGAGAACCUGGCUUUGCCAAAAGACCUGGUCCUAGGUGAUGAUACAGUGCUCGAGGCCAUAAAGUUUGAAAAAGACGAACAAUUUGCUGACAACCUUUCGGCAAUAGACCAGGCUGUUGUGAUUGGGCUGAUGGAGAACUACAGACGAAGUAGAGCUAGCUUUGAAAGGUUGACAGAAGAAGAAUUAGAGGCCUAUGUAUCUUGUAUACUGGCCCAAGUGAGAUGCUGGUCAUCAUCUGUUCACUGUCUGGUCUUGAGAUCGACCUUACAAAAGCGCAGCAGUCGUCGUGUGGAGAGAUCCAUGAUGCAGAUUGAAGAGAUUGUGAAGCAGAUCAGCCGCCCUGAACCUCCAGCCCAGCCCAGACUCCAUCUGUUUUACUGCCAUAGAGUUCAGUCAUCCUGGAUGGUUAAGAAAGAGCUGGCAGAACUAUUUUUGAGUCUGGGAGCUGUUGGGUCAGCCUUAGAUGUGUAUGAACAGCUACAGUUGUGGGAACAUGUUAUUGCUUGUUACAAACGUCUUGGAAAAAUGGAAAAGGCAGAGACCUUGAUCAGGGAACAGCUGGCAAUAAAAGCGACACCAAGUCUGUGGUGUUACCUUGGUGAUGUAACAAGGGACAUAACUCACUAUGAGAAGGCAUGGGAAAUGUCAAACCACAGAAGUGCGCGGGCCAUGAGGUGUAUGGCAUACCACUACUUCGCCCACGAAGAUUUUGAAAAGAGUUUGGAAUGUUUUGAAAAGUCAUUGAAAAUUAACAGUCUACAGGUGGCAGUCUGGUUUACAUGUGGAUGUACUGCUCUCUCAGCAAAGCAGUUUAAAAAAGCUGUGCACGCCUUCAAGAUGUGUAUCAACAUUGACUAUGAUAACUUUGAGGCGUGGAACAACAUGGCAACGGCAUAUGUCCAGCUGAAAGAAAAGAAGAAAGCCCUGAAAGUUUUGUCUGAAGCUACCAAGUACAACUAUGAGAAUUGGAAGCUAUGGGAGAAUGUCCUCAUAGUGGCGACUGAUUGUGCUGAUAUAAAUAGGGCUGUGUUGGCCUAUAACAGAAUCCUGGAUAUAAAAGACAAGUGGGGAGAUGGUGAGGUUCUGAGUACUUUGGUACUGGCUGUUACUGGGGACUAUGCAGACAUUGAUGGACAGCCGGCCUCCAUACACAUACCCAAGUUACUGACACUGCUUGGUAGAACAACUUCCAAGGUUACUAACAAUGCUGAGAUAUGGAAAGCUUAUGCCAAAUUGACAGCUUUCAGUAUGGAAGGGAAAGAAGAAAAACAUGAAGUGGUGUUGCAGCACCUACAGAAGGCCUACAGGUGUGUAACCCAGGACCCCAAGUGGGAGCAAACCACAGACAAGUGUAAGGAGAUCGCUGACCAGGCACUGGAGCUGGCUGAAAGAUAUGAGGAAUGCAGCAGCAAAGCACACAACUCCACCAAGGCCAUCCAAAUGUUAUCCUCGGCUAAACUCAUGGUUAAAGGUGUCCUGACAAAAAUCAAGAAACAACAUACAGAUGUGGUGUCUGAAGUAUUGGAUGAAGCUGUAGCGGCACAUUGCUCCAAGUUGGAUGUUAAACUGCAGGAAAUCAUUUCAAAAAUUACUGAGCUCAAAGGAAGUUGAUCUGGAUAAUCAAGGACUCUGAACAUCAAAUAUAUAAAUAAAAAUCUCAAUGUCAUUUUUA